UAUUUAGUACCCACUUUGUUUUUGGUAUAUGUAUAGAUGGUGAAACUCAAACGAGUAAUAUGGAAUGGAUGGAGUAAAAUUUCUGAAUCACGGUCCAAUAUGGUGUAAUGUGUAUAGAUUGAACAAUGAAGAAUGAACAAUUGAACAUCCCACCAAUUUGAUAUUGGUGUAGUAGUGAUCGGGACUGAACUUGGUAGGAAUGACUCGUAUUUGAUCCCCCACAAUAACAAUCGAGAGGGGAAUGGAACCUAACCAUCCAGAACUGAUCCUCGAAUCCGGAUUAGCUCUAAGGGUAAAUCAGAAGAAACACCAAAAAAAAAAAAAAAAAAUAAAUAAAUAAAUAAAAAAAUUGAACACCCCCUAAUUACUGGGCCUAGGUGCAACUGAAGUAAAAGGAAAAAGAGGGUAAAAGUCAACCGUCAAUGUGGGUUGGCAAAAAUCCCAUAUGCCUCACGGGGGAUUGGUGUUGGAUGCAGGAUUCCUUCUCUAUCUCUCUGUCGUUGGAUUCUAUCAUCCUCCUUGUUGAAAUUUCUCUGUCAUCAACGCAACUUCACCUCGUUCCUCAGUUUCAAGAGUUGCAAUUCAAUGCUGUCUACAGACCAAUGGCUGCUGUUGAAUCUGACAAGAUCAGUGCAGAACACGUAACUACCGAUUCACAAGCAACGCAUAGUGCUUCUCUGGGACGAACUGACAGUUCCAGUUCAUCGGUUGGAGGCCUUUCUUUUAGUUUGCCUGCUGGAUUUACCUCACAUUCAAAUGAUAAUCUUUCUCCAGCAGAACUUGGAGACCAGGCACUUGAUGUUAACAGACAUCACUUGGCUAGUGAUCUCCCAUUGUCUGUUGAAAAUGGACCUGCUCCCAGUCAGCUGACCCGUGGUGAUUCAAUAGCUCAAGCAAGCAGCAGUGGUGCCUCACUGCGAAGAUUAUUUAGCCUGUCAGGUGCUUCUCGCCCUUAUCUGGACGAGGAUGUAGAAAACGAAUCUGUUUCAUUGGCUGGGGAUAUUGGAGAUAGGAUAGUUAGCAGAAGAGGAAGUCAGAGGCAAUCAUCCAUGGAACAAGGGAUCGCUUUUCCAAAUGCAGAAGAAUUAUUGAAUUCAUAUGGCUUUUGGUCUCAUAAUCAAACCACAAACACCAUAUCUCCAGUAUCACCAUUGGUUUCUGAAAUAAUAACUCCACCCUCCACAAGUGCUCUCUUGCACAAGAAGCAAGUAAGCUCACGUUUAGAUGAGGAGAAGAAGGAGCUGCCACCAUUUUUUGAAUAUUGUGCCUACCUCAUACAUUUGGCUGUCUUUGGAAUUCUUGGGGUCCUUACCAGGUUUCUACUACAGAAACUGUUUGGCUCUAGUGUUAUAGGUGUGACGAGUGACAAGAGCAUCCUAUAUCUUGAUCUACCAUCUAACAUGGUGGGUUCAUUUUUAAUGGGAUGGUUUGGAAUAGUAUUCAAAGGCAAUAUAUCACAAAUGUCAGAUUACCUUGCAGUUGGACUUUCCACUGGUUAUCUCGGAAGCCUUACCACCUUCAGUGGUUGGAAUCAGAAAAUGCUCGAUCUUAGUGUCAAUGGGCAUUGGGUAUUCGCUGUACUAGGCUUUCUCAUAGGGUUGUUUCUUGCUGCUUAUUCUAUUAUUAUUGGAAUCGAGACAGCUAAGGGUUUUGGGUGGCUUCUUGAAAGGACUGGAAAGAAUUCAGGCUUCAGCAAGUUGAGGGUAAAUAACUUUAAGAGUCACUUGAUAGUUCUAUCAGUAUUGAUGUUGGUGUGGGUUGGUUUGUGGACCACAAGUGGGAUCUUGGAGAACAAAGAAUUUAAAAAUGGUGGCAGUGGUGCUCAACUUUGGUUGGGAUGCCUUGUCGGUCCUUUCGGGGUUUGGUUGAGGUGGUGGCUUGCUCGAUUCAAUGGACGUGGAUUGGGGAAAGCAGGAAGGUGGAAAUGGAUCCCAUUUGGGACAUUGGCUGCUAAUGUGUCCGCAGCAUGCGUGAUGGCAGCUCUUGCUACGGUGAAAAAAGCGGUCAAUACAAAGGAUUGUGACACAGUUUCCUCAGGGAUACAAUUUGGCCUCCUGGGAUGCCUAAGUACUGUCUCCACAUUCAUGGCCGAAUAUAAUGCAAUGAGAGAGAGUAGUCAUCCUUGGAGGGCAUACGUAUAUGCAUUGAUCACCCUCCUGAUAUCAUUUGGCCUGGGAACCUUGAUAUACUCAGUACCGGUGUGGACAUUGGGGUACAAUUAGAGCCUGAGAUUAUUUUUUUUUUAGUAUUAUUGAAAUUUAAGUUCAUCACAAAAAUACACAAUAGACGGUGCUAGUUUCAUGUUGGGUAGGCAAGUUUCAUCAGCUGAUGCAUAUAUAUAGUUAGAUACAAAUAAUACAUCAGAACUCUGAUUAUCAGUUAUCAGUGUCUUCUGUAUAUGAGAUCUAGACACAGAACAUGUUCUGAUGUAUUAAAAUAGACAAAAAAAAAAUUGCUGUAAUUUAUGAUCCUUUCUAAUUACUGUCAGCAGUUUACUUUGA